AUGGGCGGAGCUGCCCCGCCCCAUAUCCCACAGUGCCCCGGGACCGGAAGAGGGAGCCGUGGUUUCCGGAACUUCCCCCGUCACUUUGGGCUUUUGCUCGGUCAGGUUGGUGGCGUUUUGGUAUCUUCGUUUGGUGGCGUUUUGGUAUCUUCGUUUGUUAUGGCCGCUGCCGUCGCUAUGGAGACAGAUGAUGCUGGAAAUCGACUUCGGUUUCAGUUGGAGUUGGAAUUUGUGCAAUGUUUAGCCAACCCAAAUUACCUUAAUUUUCUUGCCCAAAGAGGUUACUUCAAAGACAAAGCUUUUGUUAAUUAUCUUAAAUACUUGCUUUACUGGAAAGACCCAGAAUAUGCCAAGUAUCUAAAGUACCCUCAGUGUUUACACAUGUUAGAGCUGCUCCAAUAUGAACACUUCCGAAAGGAGCUGGUGAAUGCUCAGUGUGCGAAAUUUAUUGAUGAACAGCAGAUUCUACAUUGGCAGCACUAUUCCCGGAAGCGGAUGCGCCUUCAGCAAGCCUUGGCAGAGCAGCAACAGCAAAAUAACACAUCGGGAAAAUGAAAAACUGGAUACAGACGAGGCUCUUAAUACAUGUAUAUAAUGUAUUUCUUUUGUACAGUGAAGACAAAAAAAAAUGAAGAAUGAAAACUCUUCCUAUCUACCUUUAUUAUGGUAGCCCCUAGAACCUUUAGUGUGCUUUUUAGUCCAACUUUUUAUUGUUAAUAGACUAUUUCUGUUAAACCUGAAUUGUUAUUUGA